AUGUUUUCAGCUAUAGCAUAUGAGCUAUCUUCAACUUUUUUAGAAGAAAACAAGAGUUGUGUAUCACCCGAUAUGUCGAAGAAACCGGCCGCCGCGCCUACGCUGCAUAAGGUGAUAAUGGUGGGGUCCGGGGGGGUGGGCAAGUCGGCUCUGACGCUGCAGUUCAUGUACGACGAGUUCGUCGAAGAUUACGAGCCCACCAAGGCCGACAGCUACAGGAAAAAGGUGGUGCUCGACGGCGAAGAGGUUCAGAUCGACAUCCUCGACACCGCGGGGCAGGAGGACUACGCGGCCAUCCGGGACAACUACUUCCGGUCGGGCGAGGGUUUCCUGUGCGUCUUCUCAAUCACGGAGCCCGAGAGCUUCGAAGCGACACAGGAGUUCCGCGAGCAAAUUCUGCGUGUCAAGAACGACGAGAGCAUCCCCUUCCUCCUGGUCGGCAACAAAUCGGACCUGGCGGAGAAACGACGCGUGCCGCUCGACGCCUGCCGCGACCGGGCUUCGGCCUGGCAGGUGCCCUACGUCGAGACCUCGGCCAAGACGCGCGACAAUGUGGACAAGGCCUUCCUCGCGUUGAUCCGCGCGAUGUCUGCGCAGAAGAAAGGUCUCGCAGUGGACGACGCCGAACACGAGGGACAAUCGUGCGCAGCGCGCUGCUGCGUCGUCGCCUGA